GCGGGGCUGCCGGGACCCCCUGCCCCGCGCCGAGCAUCCGCCGCAGCCUCCGCGCCCCCCGCCGCGGGGUAUCCCUUUAACAGCCCGCCUGGCACCUCUGCCUGCUUAAUUGGCAGAGGUUAAUUAAGAGCCAGGGCUGUGGCCGCUUCCUCUCUCCCAGCUGGCUGCAGGGCUGCGCUCCUGCGGGGGGAUGCGGGCUGGGUUUCUUGCAGCUUGGGGUGAAGCCGAGGCACCCCGGGGUCCCCGGAGAGGCAGCGGAGGCAGAAGGUUCCCUAGAAGAUGGGCGACUGGGGUUUCCUGGAGAAACUGCUGGACCAAGUCCAGGAGCACUCGACUGUGAUCGGGAAGAUCUGGCUCACCGUGCUCUUCAUCUUCCGCAUCCUCAUCCUGGGCUUGGCGGGGGAGUCCGUCUGGGGGGACGAGCAGUCGGAUUUUGUGUGCAACACCAAGCAGCCGGGCUGCACCAACGUCUGCUACGACAAAGCCUUCCCCAUCUCCCACAUCCGCUACUGGGUGCUCCAGUUCCUUUUUGUCAGCACCCCAACCCUCAUUUACCUCGGCCACGUUGUCUAUCUCUCCCGGAGGGAGGAGAAGCUCAAGCAGCAGGAGAGCGAGCUUCGGGCUAUCCACAGCAAGGACCCGAAGAUCGAGCAGGCUCUGGCUGCUGUGGAGAAGAAGAUGUCCAAGAUCUAUGUGGCAGAGGAUGGACGGCUCAAGAUUCGAGGGGCGCUGAUGUGGACGUACAUCAUCAGCGUGAUCUGCAAGAGCAUCUUUGAGGCUGGCUUCCUCAUUGGUCAGUGGUACCUGUACGGCUUCUCCAUGGUGCCCCGCUACGUGUGCAAGAGGGACCCCUGCCCCCAUCAGGUGGACUGCUUCAUCUCCCGCCCCACCGAGAAGAGCAUCUUCAUCAUCUUCAUGCUGGUGAUGGGCCUGAUCUCCUUAAUCCUGAACCUCCUGGAGCUUUUCCACCUCUGCUGCAAACACAUGCUUAGCAGCAUCAAGAAGGUGUCGGUGCCGGCCGGCCCGAGCCGGGACACCUUUGCAGACGACAUGGCCUCGGCUCCCUACCCACCCAAGCACUACCCCUUCCUGCCCAUGGCCGAGAGCCACAUGUCGCCCUACCAGGCCUACAACAAGCUCUCCACCGAGCAGAACUGGGCCAACUUCCACAACGAGGAGAACCUGGCGCUGGGCAGCGACACCCGGCCGCUGUCGGACCCCUACGCUCCCAAAGCUGCCGAAGCCGCUGCCCCGGCCGAGAAGCUGUGCAGCCGGCCCGGGAGCUCAGCCUCCAAAAAGCAGUAUGUUUAGUGCCGGGCUGACCCUGGCCAGCCGAGAGGACCUUCUUUGGUCCCUCGUGCGUGCAAAGGUGCUGCCUCCCGCCUGGUGCUGUGCCGUAUGGACGAGCCCCGCUCCGGACACUGCCCGCCGCAUGUGAUGCUCAGGAGCGGGGCUGAGCGCUGCCCUGGAGCAGAGCCUCCGCUCUCUCCUGGUUUUUUUUCCCCACAGACCCUGCAAGGAAGGAAACUGCAGAAUGUUCCUCGGGACGACGUGUCCCGCGUGCCUCGCCGUGGGAAAGGGAGAAAUCCCUGGAGCCACGUGGCUGGGAACAGGCUGUCCCUGCUGCCCCUUGGGUGCGGGGGCUCGGCCGGACCCGGGGUCUUGCCGGAGCCCCCACUGACAUGAGAUUCAUGGGAAGCCGCUCACCUCCAGCCUCGGCACGGAGUGGGCUGAGCCCAGAACGUCCGGGGACAGCGCUGCUCGAUGGGUCCUGGCCACCAGCCCCAUCCUGUCCCUCUGACCCGGGUAGGGGGACAGUGGUUCCUGCCAGGGUUUGCUGCAGGAGCUGCCCCUUUCCAUGGGAUCCGGGGGGGUUCAGCUCGCAGCUGGGGUGACCCGCUGAUCCCAAUAGCUGCAGGGUCACGGCUUGGGUGACCCAGGAGCGUGAGCCGCCUCCGAGCCCUGGACCCUUUUCCCUGGGAUGUGUGCCUCUAAGUUAUUUUUAACCUGUUAUCCUGAGAAUGGAGCUUUCUGCCUUAAAGGUGCCUUUGGGGAGCUGUGUCCAGCCUGGCCGUGCACUCCUGCGGUUUCUGAGGGGAGGAAUUACCCUGCCAGCUGCUGGUUUUGGGGGGGUUAUCGGUUUUAUGACUUUGCACAACUCGUCAUCUGCUGGGGGGAGGUGGAAGAACCAACGGCUGCCACACGCUCACCCCAACUCCUCCAGCCCCACCAUGCUGGGGAAGGUCCUGCCGCGACCAAGGCAUGAGCGUGGCACUGCCCUCGGCGCUGUUUCCUUUCCGCCUCAGCAGACUCAGUGUUGCCUCUUCUUGAAUAAAGUUGGA